AUGUGGAAUGAGGACACAUUUCUGUUGAGGAGCCAAGACGCUGGAGACCUAGAACUGGUGUCCGGAGUCCCAGCUGGCCCCUCCUGUCCUCAGCCGGGGAUGGAGAUGUCUGACUGGGACAAACAGCUACAGUAUGAGGAGAGGAACAACACCACUGCGAUGGUUGACAUGGGUUGUGAAUUAGACGGUAAGUGGAGAGGGGUGAAAAGAGGAUACCCGUGGGUGAGGAGACAUGCCACAAGACUGAAUCACCGAGCUGCAGAAGUGUUUCCUAUGUCGGCUCCGGAGAGACCAGCAGGACGGUAA